ACUCCGGAUGACUGGGAAAAGAAUAUGGAGAUAAAACAGGUCUGCGUAAGGAUGAGAUUUCUCGAAUGAUUGAAGGAUGUAUUUGCUCUUUUUUCUUCACAUCCUACUGGAUUGUUUCUUGGUAGUCCACUCCUGCCCUUCCUUAUGUGCCUGCUCUUAUGGGACAACGGGAACAGCAGACCUCAGGUUGGUGCAAUGCAGUGACCCUAGAAUAUCAGCUGUUCCUAUCAAUGUCCCUGCUGACACAGUUAAACUUCGCCUUGAGAAGACCCUGAUCACCAGGGUUCCCAGAGCAGCCUUCUUCAACCUGACAGAGUUGCUGUUCUUGUGGCUUACUUACAACUCCAUCGCGUCCGUCCACCCCAGCAGUUUUGUGAACCUGAGAGCCCUAAGAGAACUGCGUCUAGAUGGAAAUUACCUAACCGCCUUUCCAUGGGAGGGUCUCAGGGACAUGCCUCGCCUUCAGACACUUGGUCUACACAACAACCGACUAUCCAGCCUUCCGUCUCACGCUGCACUCUUUCUCCCCAACAUAACCUAUCUUGACCUAUCCAGUAACAGGUUAACUGCAUUAUCGGCAGAAUUGUUGGACCUUUGGUUCCCGCUUUUGGGUCAACAGGAGAGAUCAGUACAAAGAAGAAUUCUGGGUCUCCAUGACAACCCAUGGUUGUGUGACUGCCAGAUCUCAUUGAUGGUAUCGUUGUCCAUGUCCCUGGGAAGUCCUGUCGUCCUCAUGGACCAGCUGCUUACAUGCAGAAGAUCUAUCGGUCAGCUCGGGAUGGUGCUAACCAAAGCUGAGUUCCCCCAAUGUAUGAGACCUUCAGUCCAGCCUGCAGCCACCAGAAUUAUGUCUCUACUGGGCAGCAAUGUUAUUCUUCGCUGCGAUGCCACAGGCUACCCAACCCCGACGUUGACGUGGGUCAAAACGUCAAACUACGCAGGUUGUUGUCGUCAGGACGUCGCCGGCCAGGAUGAAGAUCUCCCCAGGAAUUUGGAAAGUUCCUUGCAGGGAUCUCCCCGAGUUGGCGUUCGCUGGUCACUCAUCAGCCUGGAUGACUUAGCUUUCAAGGAUGCUGGUGAAUAUCGCUGCCAAGCUCGUAACAUGGCAGGAAUAUCUGAAGCUCCCGUUAAACUAACAGUAGUAGGAGUAACGCAGCUCUCUCGACGGCCAAAGAAGAAAUCCCAGAAGAUUCCACUCAAAUCAUCGUCUGACAACAAAAAAUCCAACAGGACAACUUUGUCCCUUCCCCCGCUGAAGAACUACAUAUCCCGAAACGUGACGCCAUCUACUCAAAAGACCACGCAAACAUUUCCUGCUACUGUGUCCAAAUUAGUUUCAAUUUACAAAAGCAGCAAAACAAACUUAAAAGGUCCAAAGAUCCUUUCAAAAAAUACCAUGAUUAAGACCAUUCUAGAGAAAUCAGACAAUUUAACCAGUUCAAUAUCCAACGCAAAAGUAUGAUACCAGAUAAUUGGUAAACAUUAGAAUGGAAUUUUCAUUGCCUGCCUAAUUAAAUAAGACUUACGAUGAAAAAUGACUUUUAUUGUGUAUACCCAUCCAUGAAUUCUUACAGAAGAUGUAAUCAGAGUUUGUACUUUGGCAAUUACAUUUUCAUUUGACAUUUGUAUAUAAAGGUAUAUAUUUUUUCAUACUUUUGUCACGGUAACUCAGUGUGCGAAUGGUUAAACUUCCUUCCUGUUAUUGUGCCCAAAGUUUUUUCCAUCUACAUACUGACUUUGGCGGCCAAUAUGGACAUUUUUAAGAGGGUCCACAAGGGACUGUUUUAUUUGAGGAAGCUGAGGACUUUUUACAUUAAAUACUCCCUCAUGAAAAUGUUUUGUCAUUUGUUGCCUCUAUCGUGUAGUGUAUACCAUAGAAACCAUACUGUACCAUACUCAAUUAUGAAACAACACACCAUACCAUGCCAUGCCGAUUCUAUACUACCAUUUUGUACCAUAUAAUCUAUACUAUA